AUGAAGCGCUUCAGCCAGAGAGUCCUCUCGCGCGGGAAGGACUCGAACAAGUCUUCCAAGAAGAAGGAUUCAAAAGACGGUACCGCUUCCCCCAACAGUGGCUCGGCUAGCCAGAACUCCCCAACGAUCACUCCCUCGUCCUCCACGUCGACUCUCAACGACAUCCGGAACAAGCCUCUCCCUCCGAAUAGUGUUGGAACAAAUGAAGGCGGUGCAGGCGCCGCAGGGCAGUCACCGCUCAGCAACAUGACAUCUGCUCAGGGAGCCGGCGCAUUUGGUGGUGGCUCGCCCCAGCCUGCAAAUGGAGCUGCACCCCAGCGCGGCACCCUGCCGCCCACCGUCAUCAUCAGCCCCAGUGCACCUCACGUCCCCCCACCUGGCGCCGCCGAGACGAUGCCCCACGACCUUGCGCCCCCCAAGGCCGGCCAAAAGUCCUUGAUGUUCGAUCGCCUUGCGUCCACACCGAAGGACGUCCCUGAAGGUCUCAGGACACCCAAGCGGCAGCAUUCAUCUCGAUUCGAUAUCUCGCCGCACCGCGAGCUGGAGAAGCUUCCCGGAUUCCACGAAGUACCGCCCAACCGUCGACAAGAGCUCUUCAUGCAGAAGAUUGAUCAGUGCAAUGUCAUUUUCGACUUCAACGAUGCCAGCGGCGACAUGAAGUCAAAGGAGAUCAAGCGGCUGGCGCUCCACGAGUUGCUCGACUAUGUCGCUAAUAACCGGCAGGUCAUCACCGAGCCGAUGUACCCAAGAGUUGUCGAAAUGUUCUCCAAGAACCUCUUCCGCCCUCUGCCCCCGCCCAUGAACCCCCAGGGCGAGGCCUUUGACCCGGAGGAAGACGAGCCCGUUCUGGAAGUGGCCUGGCCGCACAUCCAGGUCGUCUACGAAUUCUUCUUGCGCUUCAUCGAGAGUCAGGAUUUUAACACAAAUAUCGCCAAGGCCUACAUCGACCACGGAUUUGUCCUCCGCCUCCUUGAGCUGUUUGACUCGGAAGACCCUCGCGAGAGAGAUUUCCUCAAGACGACCUUGCACCGGAUAUAUGGCAAGUUCCUUAACCUGCGAAGCUUCAUUCGCAGGUCCAUCAACAAUGUCUUCUUCCACUUCGUGUACGAGACGGAGAGGUUCAACGGGGUGGCCGAACUUCUUGAGAUUCUCGGAUCCAUUAUUAAUGGUUUCGCCCUUCCCUUGAAGGAGGAGCACAAGCUGUUCCUCACCCGCACCCUGAUACCGUUGCACAAAGCGAAGAGCCUGAGUAUGUAUCAUCCGCAACUCGCCUACUGCAUCGUCCAGUUCUUGGAGAAGGAUGCGUCCCUCACGGAGGAGGUGGUGCUCGGCCUUCUGCGAUACUGGCCCAAGGUCAACAGUACCAAGGAAGUCAUGUUUCUGAAUGAGGUUGAGGACAUCUUUGAGGUCAUGGAUCCGGCAGAAUUCGCAAAGGUUCAGGAGCCCUUGUUCCAUCAACUGGCCAAGUCGGUGGCAAGCCCGCAUUUCCAGGUUGCAGAGCGUGCUCUGUACUUUUGGAACAACGAGUACUUCUGCAAUCUCGUCAGCGACAACGUGGAAAUCAUCCUUCCCAUCAUGUUCGCACCACUGUACGAGAAUUCCAAGGGCCACUGGAAUCGGACAAUCCAUGGCAUGGUCUACAACGCCAUGAAGCUCUUCAUGGAAAUCAACCCCCAGCUCUUUGAUGACUGUUCCCAGGAGUACACUGAGCAUCAGAAUAGCGCCGCUGCGAGGGAGAAUCAGAGAGAGCGCAAGUGGGCUGCGAUCCAGGAGCUGGCCAACAAGCAGAAGACGAACGGGAAGGUUGGUAACCAGACAACGGACAAUGACGGCACUGAAGACAACCAGAAGAGGCUCGAUUCUCUGAGGCUGCAGGACCGCCCUGUCAUGCACGAAAGGCAAGACUCGGUGAGCUCAGCAAGAAGCCAGCGAUGAUAAUUCCGUGCUUCUCCAAUUGCUAUCUAGCCAGAACAGAGACUACAACAGGUGAACUUCCGGAGGCUCGCCAGAUUGUCAUUGGGGAAAUAGACACUGGCCUCUUGCGAUAAGCGCAGAGGCUUGAGCCACUAUGUUGACUCGAUCUGCCUUCGCGGGAGAGUGUGUUUGCGCACAGACGGAGUUUGGGAAUGGGGACUGGUGUGAAAGGGGAUGAGUAGUGUGGUGACCAUCAUUCCAGCAUGCAUGGCCUCUGUUGCUGGCCGGGCUCGACAAUCGCUGAAUGCGUCUUACCAUAGCGAGCGUUGUUCGUUUAAGUUGAGGUUUUACUCCGAUUGCUUUCUUGCAAGGAAGCCUAGGUAUGGUUCUUAUGAAGAUGGACGGCCAGGAGAGUUGACAUGGAAUACGGGGCGACCUUUAUAAAAGAAGGGAGGCAACCAAAGGCGGAUUUCAUGGAAGGCUUCUCCUCUCUAACCCAUGGAGGAGGAUUAGGAUCGGUCUUUUAAGGGAACGAUGAGUCAAGCUGGAGCAGGAGGGAAUCCUCUUUUAUUGUACAGAUUCUUUUCUUAUUCAACGACCGAUUAUCCUGAAACCCGUCAGAGUCUAGGGCAAAAGACGGCGUACUCGAUGGUCUUCUUCUAGGUGGGAGGCAGAGAGAGACACACAUACACACACAAAAUCAUGGUCUCACAACGUUGGUAUUAUUUACAGAAUUGCUCUUUCCAUGCG